CGACACCCACGCCGCCCGCGACAAAACCCUAGCCCCGAGCAGCCGCAGCGGCCACCACUUCACGUCCCCUGUAUCCCUCUCGUCACCUGGUGGCGGCGGCGGCAGGAUGGCGGCUUCGACGGCGAGGACGGUGAAGGAUGUCAACCCGCACGAGUUCGUCAAGGCCUACUCCGCCCACCUCAAGCGCUCCGGCAAGAUGGAGCUCCCUGAGUGGGUUGACAUUGUGAAGACUGCGAGGUUCAAGGAGCUCCCUCCUUAUGACCCUGACUGGUACUACACCAGGGCUGCCUCGAUUGCAAGGAAGAUCUACCUGAGGCAAGGCAUUGGUGUUGGUGGAUUCCAGAAGAUCUAUGGUGGCCGCCAGAGGAAUGGCUCCCGCCCACCACACUUCUGCAAGAGCAGUGGUGCCAUUUCACGUAACAUCCUGCAGCAGUUGCAGAAGAUGGGCAUCAUUGAUGUUGAUCCCAAGGGUGGGCGGCUCAUCACCUCUCAGGGGAGGCGUGAUCUGGACCAAGUGGCUGGAAGAGUUGCUGUCGAGGCUUGAGCAUCUAUGUCUUCUGUUUUGAUGAUGUCCGUGUUUGAUGGUUGAGAUGGCUACACUCCAUUUGCAGUUUUGAACUAGGACUUGCCCUGCCUUGCUGGUUCAGAGAAUUUAAGAUUUAAUGCAUCUAGUUAUGGAACCGCACUAUGUUUACUUAAGUACCUAAUGCAGUAUUGGAACUCAUUCUGGAAUGAAAGAAAGGAAUUGUGUUUGUGUUGUGCA